CAUUUCCCAGCAUGCAGCGCGCGGCCGAGGGGGCUGGGGGUUUGGGCCGGGGGUCUGCCGCCCGCGGCCGGGCUGUGUCUGCUGCGACAAGUGCGGGAGGCAGCGGCGGCCUGGGUCGGAUUCCGAGCCGGGCGGCGGAGGCGGGCGCGGCGGGCACGGGGGCCGCUGCUCCCGAGGCGAUGAUGGGCAAAGAGGAGGAGAUUGCGCGGAUCGCCCGGAGGCUGGACAAGAUGGUGACCAAGAAGAGCGCGGAGGGAGCCAUGGACCUGCUGCGGGAGCUGAAGGCCAUGCCUGUCACACUGCAUUUGCUCCAGUCCACCCGAGUCGGGAUGUCUGUCAACGCCCUGCGGAAGCAGAGCUCGGACGAGGAGGUCAUUGCACUGGCCAAGUCCCUCAUCAAGUCCUGGAAGAAGCUCCUGGAUGCUUCAGAUGCCAAAACCAGGGAGCGGGGGAGGGGCAUGCCUUUGCCCACAUCGUCCUCCAAGGAUGCCUCAGAGGCCGUGGAUCCCAGCCGCAAAAGGUCAGAGAUGCCCAGGAUGCCGUCCACCCCGAGGAUCACUACGUUUCCUCCAGUGCCGGUCACUUGUGAUGCUGUGCGUAACAAGUGCCGUGAGAUGCUGAGUGCUGCCCUGCAGACAGACCGCCUCCCUCUUGCAGAUGACCAUGUGGCCAUUGGUGCGGACCUUGAGCGUUUGUCUGCGCAGAUCGAGGAAUGCAUCUUCCGGGACGUUGGGAACACGGAUAUGAAGUACAAGAACCGCGUGCGGAGCCGCAUCUCCAACCUGAAGGAUGCCAAGAACCCUGACCUGCGCCGGAAUGUGCUGUGUGGCGCCAUCACACCCCAGCAGAUUGCGGUGAUGACAUCAGAGGAGAUGGCCAGUGAUGAGCUGAAGGAGAUCCGCAAGGCCAUGACCAAGGAGGCCAUCCGUGAGCACCAGAUGGCCCGCACAGGCGGCACGCAGACCGACCUGUUCACCUGCAGCAAGUGCAGGAAGAAGAAUUGCACUUACACACAGGUGCAGACCCGCAGCUCUGAUGAGCCAAUGACCACCUUUGUUGUCUGCAAUGAGUGUGGCAACCGCUGGAAGUUCUGCUGAGCCCUCUUGCAGAUGUCCUGCAGCCCCGGGCCGUGGCCAGCCCUCUUGUCCUCGAUGGACACAGCCUCCUUGGAGGCCCCUGAAGGCAGCCCACCCUGCCCCACCCUGCCUGCCUGGAGUGCACCUUUCUGCUUGUUUCCCACAUUAAAUGUCUGUUUUUGCCA